AUGAAUGGAAACAUACCCUCCUGCCUUGGCAAUCUUUCUUCUUUAACUGAACUUUACCUUUCUGACAACCAACUUAGUGGAAUCAUAUCUAGUUUUCUUGGAAGCCUUUCUUCUUUAACUAAACUUGACCUUUCUUACAACCAAUUUAAUGGAAGCAUACCUACUUCUCUUGGAAGCCUUUCUUCUUUAACUGAACUUGACCUUGCUUCCAACCAAUUUAAUGGAAGCAUACCCACUUCUCUUGGAAGCCUUUCUUCUUUAACUAAACUUGACCUUUCUCACAACCAAUUUAAUGGAAUCAUACCCGCUUCUCUUGGAAGCCUUUCUUCUUUAACUGAACUUGACCUUUUUGACAACCAACUUAGUGGAAGCAUACUCGCUUUUCUUGGAAGCCUUUCUUCUUUAACUAAACUUGACCUUUCUGACAACCAAUUUAAUGGAAGCAUACCCGCUUCUCUUGGAAGCCUUUCUUCUUUAACUGAACUUGACCUUGCUUCCAGCCAAUUUAACAGAAGCAUACCUGCUUCUCUUGGAAGCCUUUCUUCUUUAACUAAACUUAACCUUGCUUUCAACCAACUUAGUGGAAGCAUACCCGCAUCUCUUGGAAGCCUUUCUUCUUUAACUGAACUUGACCUUUCUUACAACCAGCUUAGUGGAAGCAUACCUGCUUCUCUUGGAAGUCUCUCUUUAUUGAGAAACUUAUAUCUUUCUAACAAUGAACUGAGGGGGAACAUUCCAGAUUCUUUAGGAAAUAUUUCUUUACUCCAGGUGUUGGAUGGUGUUAGCAAUCGUUUCAAUGAAACCAUCUCUUCUUCCUCACUUCCACCUUCUUUAGUUGUAUUAGGCCUAUCACUAAAUCACCACUAG